AUGGUGGUAGGUAGCCGAACUGUGUGUGCCGUGUGGGCGAGCAGGAGAGUGCGGGUGCAGAAGGCAGAGGGGCAGGGCGCGCUGGGCGCCAAGGAGGAGAUGGAGCGCCUGGCACGCCACCUGGCUUCGCUGCCCUUGCAACCCAAACACCGCAUCAGCCGUGUGCGCACGGCCAUCCGGUGCAACAUGAAGGUGCACAGCUUCGCCUACUCCAACCGCCUCCUGCACGCCCUCCUCGCGAAGGCGCCCCCAAACAACCAGGCCGAGAUUCGCACCCGUGCCAAGUGCAUAAGGGGGAGUGGGGGAAAUCGGGUGAGGGGGGGAUGA